AGUAGUUUUCCACGCCAUGAGGCCAACCCCGUUUGAAAAUAAUGAACAUCCAGGGGCGUCUGGCGGUGGACGAUAAGCGUCCAUAACGGGGCGAUAAAUCGAAAAGUGCAUCGGCUCGUGAAAAGGGCCCCUGGUGCUCGAGAGCGUCACGGACUCCGUAGAUUCUGAAAAAGCUUCUGCGCACAAGGACUCCCCGGCCGCGAGCGCUAUAAAAGCUCGAUCGGGACUGGUUCGCUUUCCAGUCACGUAUAUACACCUCUGUUUCUCCGUUAUCGGGAGCCGGAAUUUCGAAAGGGUUGGUCCGCGAACCCAUCCGCGACGGUCGAUAUUUUAGUUUUAUUUCCUUCGAGGAUCGUUCGACCGAUAACAAAAUGGGAAAAACAAACCGAGGACUCGAACGGUAGCGACCGCCCGGAACCACUGGACCGCUGGUGGUCGUUUGUCGCGCGCCUCGCUUCCGGAAUCUCGUUUCGACCGCCACGAUGACGAUGUUCGAAACUAUGAAGUACUCCCGCCUGAUUCCUGUCGUUGUCGUCUACCUGAGCCUCUUCCUGGAUAACGUUUUGCUCACGGUUGUCGUGCCGAUUAUUCCCGAUUACCUCUGCACCAUCGACGAAAACUCGACAAGCGCCGAGAACGAUGAAAACGGACGUGUGGGAUUAUUGCUGAGCUCGAAGGCGUUGGUACAAUUAAUACUAAAUCCAGCGGUGGGCACUCUAACCGGUACCCUGGGAUAUACCAAGCCAUUGUUCCUCGGGAAUCUAAGUCUCCUGCUGGCAGCUAUGCUGUUCGCGUUUGGGCAGACUUACGAGGUCCUCUUCUUGGCGAGAAGCGUCCAGGGUAUAUCCUCCGCGUGCAUAGGAGUGUCCGGGAUGUCGCUGGUAGCCUCUCAGUAUCCGGACGAGGAGAAAAGGUCGAAGAUCAUGGGGUUCGUCCUGGGAAGCAUCGCUCUAGGCGUUCUGGUGGGUUAUCCCAUUGGCUCGGUCCUCUACGACCUCGAAGGAAAAAUGGCGCCCUUCUUGCUGGUGUCCUGUUUCAUCGUCGUCGCCAUAUGCUUGCAAAUUUUAGCGAUGGACAUCGAGACGAAGGUCGAAUCUCGGGAACAAGAAACGUCCUGGACACACCUGCUCUCCGAUCCGCAUAUACUCAUCAUCUUCGGUGCCAUAUGGUGCUCGACCUCACCGAUGGCAAUCUUGGAGUCCUGCCUGCCAAUAUGGCUGCAAACUCGCAUAAAACCGAAGAAAUGGCAGCUAGGAACAGUGUUCAUUCCAGACAGCGUGGGGUACCUGAUCGGGACGAAUUUCUUCAGCAUGAUCGCCUAUCGCUACGGCCGUAGCAAAGUCGCUGUUUUGGCCAUGUUGGUCGUUGGCACCAGCGCCAUCUUGAUUCCGUCGGCCAGUACUAUGUCGCAGCUGAUAAUCCCACACUUGGGAAUGGGCCUGGGCAUCGGAGUGGCUGACGCAGCUCUGGUGCCACUGUUGGCCAGCCUGGUGGACCAAAAUGGCGACUACGGUCCUGUUUACUCCAUUCAACAAGUGGCUGUUAGCCUGGCUUAUUCGCUUGGGCCAAUUUUGGGAAGCGAAAUGGUGAAAGCGAUCGGUUUCCAAUGGGUGAUGGGGAUCAUCGGUCUGAUAAACAUUGGCUAUUGUCCACUGUUAAUAUAUCUGGCCCUCGAAAGGCGGAAAUUACUGACGCAGGACGACGACAAGAGUGAUUACGACACUUUUCAGAAAUCGGUGACCAAGUACGAGCGAUUUCAAGACUCCGACGACGAUCUUUGAUCGCUCGUGUUGCUCCGACAACUUCAAUUGUUCGAGCUAAUCAAAGAGAAGACAUUUAUGUAAAUUCCUCGGGGAAAUUAUUAACGUUGCGGAGC